GUGAAAGCGAACAUACGCACUCCAGAGAUAAAUGAGACAGAUAGACUGUUCGAAAUCCUAGUGGUCUUAUCAGCAUAAAUCCCAGAGUGACCAACAUUAUCGCAAGUGCUGCUGAGAGAGAGAAAGAGAGGCGGGACUUUCUCACAGUGUUUUUGUUUGCAUAUUCCUGCAGCCCGGCUCCUGUUUUCCCCCCUCUUGUCCGCGAUGCAGGCAAAUGAAGGUGUCCCAGAUACCAGUGCACCACAGGAUGUGAGAAGUUGGUCAAAGGCCAGGUUCUUGGUGGCAUUUGUCAGCUUCUGGGCAUUUGUGUGCAACUAUGCCUUGAGGGUGAACAUCAACUUGGCCAUAGUAGAGAUGGUGGUGCCAUUGAACCAAACCAGCAGCAGUGGCAGUGAUGAAUGUGGAAGAUCAAAAACUAAUACUUCCAAUGCAGACCCGCAGGGGAGUGAUAAGUUUGAUUGGGAUGAAAGCACUCAAUCAUGGAUUCUGAGCUCAGUUUUCUUUGGAUACAUCACCACCCAGCUUCUGGGAGGCAGAUUGGCAGGAGGGAAGUUGGUCCUGGGUGUACCUUUGCUGAUAGCUGGGUUGUUAUCCUUGCUGACCCCAAUGGCUGCCAAGAGCUUUGGAUCCUCUGCAGUAAUUGGACUCAGAGUUAUGAUUGGCAUGGCUGAGGCAGGCUCAGCCAUGGGAACUAUACUGACCCUGGCACAAGGUGGAGUCAUGAUGCAGGCUUGGGGCUGGGAGUCAAUUUUUUACUUUUAUGGAGGACUGACUGCAAUAUGGUUUGUAGCUUGGUUCUUUCUGGUGUCAGACAGUCCUGAAAACCAUCCCUACAUAUCAGCUGAAGAGAAAUUGUUCAUCCUGGUGAGCUUGAGCAAGGAGGAGAAGAAGGCAAAUGGACUCCUCUCUGCACUGCCCUAUGUUUUACUGUUUGGAUGGACGCAGAUACAUGCUCACAUCAUGGACUAUUGCAGGUCUAAGAAGAUAUUGUCAACAACAGCAGUCAGAAAGAUUUCCAACACAUUAGUUAUGCUUUUUGAUGCCAUUGAGUACCUCCUCUUUGGCAGUGGAGAAGAACAAACUUGGAACAAUCCCAAGGCUGCUGACACAGAACCAGCAGUUUAUGACAAUCCAGCUUACAAGAAAGAUCCAUAUUAA